AGAAACCAUUCCUGUAUAGGCAAGGAUAACUUGUAUAAGAAUCAUUCCACCCCCAAAAUAUGAUAUCUCAAAACCACAUAUUGCCGGUAUGGUACUUAUGGCAGUACCUAUGUAUGUACCCAGAAUCCCAAGGGUGUGGUUCAUUUCCUUACCGGCUUAAGCUGUUGGACGCCCCCGGCCUUCGCCACCGCUCCGCUGCUACCUACCUCAUACAUACCUACGGAAUACAUACAUAGGUAUGUAACCUAGUACAGGUAAUGUAUGGAUUUCGAUUCUGCAUUCUUUUUGUAUCUGGGCACCACUGACGCCAUGUUCGUCAUACCCAGUUUCUCGGAACUAAAUCUAUGCUUUUGUUUUGACUGAUUAUCCACGAGUGUAUUUACUCGACGAGUGUUUGUCUUAUACUGCGUUCUAUGUCUAAUCUACACAUACUAUCGGAUAAAAAGGAAAAAAAGGAUCCCAGGUAGGCAUAUUCGGCCACGAGCUAGAUACGCAAACACGCCGUGGCGUUUGCCCUUAGGUCUUACAUUAGCGCGUGAACCGGCUUCUUCUUAAAUCAAGCUUCGAAGAUCGGUCGAGUCGUGCUUGGGUAUCAUUUACUAAAUCCCAGCGACCUUUUCGCUGGAAAUCGGGUCCCACGUCUCUCCAUCUCUAUCCGCUUUUCUACUCUCCAGAUGUUUCGCCCAUCGAAACAUGUCCGGGUCUUUCGCUUCCAACCAGAAGAUGGACUCCGACAUCCCACUAGAUGACGAUGACCCGUCGCCGUCUCCGGAAAGUAAACUAUACCAAGAUUCCUCGCCUGCCAUGUCAACGUCGGCAGCGAGUCCAGCCCGUUCAGACGGCGAUCGCAUAGAAGGUCUUGUUCGAAGGAUGAGCAAACAAACGUUGGUGCGGGAAUCGCUAAUUGCAUCGGCAAUGGAGUCGCGAGGCUGUCAGGCCAAUUCCAGCUUACCAAUAAACCCAGAGCCAAUGCAAAUGGAAAUACAAACGCCGCCACACAUAUCUGAGCCUUCGAACGAGUUUAGUUAUAGUAAUCUUACCGAACCUCCGAGCGAUCAGUACAUAACAGAAUUAAGACCGCCCCAACACUACGAGAGAAUGGCGAAUCCACCUGGCGAUCCCAUUAUGGAUGGGAACUUCACUUCUAGUAUCGUCACGCAAGAUAAACAGGAACAGCCAGAGAUGAGCCUUCAGAGUCGGGGUUCAAACCUUCGUAGGCUAGACUUAAUGGCGAACAUGAUCGAAAACGAAGAACAAUGCAACGUACAUAUAUCGAGACCAGUUGCUUUAGUUCAAGCACCUCGACUGCCCUCUUCGGCCGACCCGGCGCCGUCCGCCGGUCCCGCCAGUCGCAGGGGUUUGCGAAUACCAUACGAUAACAACACGGUACUAGAGGUCGACGAGGGAAUUUGUACGCAGCCUGACGAACAGGCUCCCAGUGAGAUUCUAAGUCUGAGAGAUGCUAGCGGUCCGGAUGGAAUUAGAAAACUUGGGCAUCUCAAAUACAGAACAUCAUUAGAGACGGCUAUGCGGUGCAAGAAUAUGAGGAAGAGCGCACCGAGGAUGCGAAGGAGGCCCAAGACACAACCAAAGGAGACACAACAGGAGGAUUCUACAAUAAAUCCGGCAUCGACGACUCCGACGAGCUCAACGGCGACAUGAUUUCGGGUUAUUUUAUUUUCUUUCAUGAAUUUUUGGUUUAUCUUCGUCCUUUUAUAUAUACCCCAAGGCAGGAGGCAGGCAUUGUUAGCGGUUGGGUCACGGCGACAAUAGGGAAUUGCAUAGCAUCGGUCCAUCGGUCCAUCGGUUUGUGGGAAGGUUGGGCCCGGUAUACAGGACCAUCAUUGGCAUUCAACUUGGCGUUUAGGGUAUGUGGUUGCAGGCUGUUCAAAGGCUGCGUGGGUUUGUUUCAACUACAUGAACUGUUUACCAGGAUUUAAUAACAGAAAUGGGUUUGGGAGCAAGACGGUUUGGGAUACCGUUGUAUAUUUACACACGAUGUUGUUUUACACGUAUAUAUGGC